UUUUGUGAAGGGGGACGGGAUUUUUAUGGUGAGCGAUGAUUUGGUGGUGAGGCCGGUGUCGAUGGGGGAGAGCUUGGGGUUGAUGAGCAGGCUUGGGAUUGAGGAUGGGAGUGUGCUUGAGAAGAGGGUUGUCAAUGUUGGGAAAGAGGAGAUCUCGACCUUGCUCAAGAGAUCACUGGUCUCUAAGAUGCCACUGACAGAUGUCUUCCUGCAAGAGCCAGACGGGGUUGUUGUGGAAGAGAAAUUAAUGGUAGCAGACAUAACACAAUCUAGAGGCAAGCAAAAAAAGAUAGCCACUGAUUCCAAAAGGAUACAUGUGAAGCUCUACCUAGAUGCCGAUAGUGACAAGGUGGUUUAUGCAGAAGCAGGAGACGACUUUGCUGACCUAUUAUUCAGCUUCCUUACCUUCCCGCUUGGAGCUGUAGUAAAACUCUUGGAAAAGAAUUCUUCGAUGGGGAGCAUUGACAAUCUAUACAAAAGUGUCGAGCUUUUAAGCAAAGAUUUUGGCUACAUGAAGUCUGAGGAGUUGAGGGACAUGCUCUUGGCUCCUAUGCUCCCUCCCCAUUUUGGCUGCCAACACAAUUUACUUAGUAUUGAGGAAGUUUUUCCACAAAAGAUUACAACCUGCGCAUGCAAAACUAAAAUCCGUGGGCAAUGUGUUCAUGGUAUGGGCCAAAUAUAUGAUGAAAUAAACCCGAAGCAGGAUAACUCAAGUUUGGGAAAUGGAGAAGGCUAUGCUAGGGGGAUGAUGAAGUUCAUGGUGACCGAUGAAAUGAAGGUGACACCUUUAUCGCCCAUUUCUGGCUUUCACAUCAUCAAAAAGUUGAUGGUUCCUAUCAGCAGUUUAGAGGAGGCAGAGGCCAGCCUUGGAGAAACAGAGGCUUUGAAUCUGUUGAAAGCUUGUCUCAUCUCAAACACGGUGCUGAGCGAUGUCUUCUCACCUUAUACACUGACACUACUUGAACAAAAUUGGUGUGGGCGAUUGCCUAGAAAGAUUGACGGUUUCUAGCUUAACUAGGUCACAGUAAAAUGACCUGUGUAUGCUUAUAUCAAGUAUCUGCUACUUCUCUCUAUUUCUCUAAAAUUUGUAUGUAAAAUAGCCUGCAUAUGCUUGAGUGGAGUAACCAGUAUUAUUCUGUUUUCAUUAAAAUUAUGGAUAUGUCUACAGAAGCUGGAUGGAAGUACAUAUUUUAGGUGUCUUGAAAAUUGUGAUCAAUGCUUAAUUUAUUGUGUGAUAUACUUACUAAAUUGCAAAAUGUUUGUUUUCUCGGA